AUGUCAAACGGGUGCUCUGAUGAUCGUGACAUCGAGUCUCAGCAAACAUUCUUGGUCAUAGCCAAUGACCGUCCACGAGACAACUGGAGGUGGAUUUUCCUGGUUCUACAUGCACGCCAAAGUCUCAUCUCAAGAGCUUAUAAAACUAAGCGGCGUUCUCCAGGCGUUGGUAAUGCUGCAGUUUCAUCUUCCACCUCUUCUUACGGUGUCAUCAACACUUGCAGAGAAGGGAAUGCAAACUCGGAAAUAACAGAAAUUGUUGAGGAGUUACCCACAUCACCUGAAGUUUCAGUUGACUUGCUUCGCAAUGAUCCAAUUGUCAGUAAUGAGAGACUCCAACAUGCAAAUAUUGCUCAGAUUGUAAAGACCGAGGACCUGGCUGCCCUGCAUAGAUUUGGAGGUGUUCAAGGCAUUGCAGAAGCUCUUGAUACUGACUUAGAGAACGGAAUCCCUGGUGAUGACAAUGAUCUAAGUUCACGACGUAUCAGCAAUACACUCUCCAAGGCACAAGAUCCUGCAAAAAGCUUUCUCCAGUUAGUCCUAAAAUCUUGUAACAGUUACAUUGUCAUUCUCCUUCUCCUGUCUGCAGUGAUGUCUAUCGGAUUUGGGAUCAAGCAAGAAGGCUGGAAGUGUGGUUGGCAUGGAGGGGUCAUAAUUAUUAUUGCUAUCAUCAUACUUGUUGUUGCCUCUUCGAUGCGUGACUUCUGGCGUGAAAACUCGAUGAAGCUGCCGGAAGAGCAGAAAUUAUCAGAAAAGAGUCAGACAGAAAUUGAUGUACUUAGAGGGGGAAGUUUGCAGAAACUAUAUGCUUCUGACGUUUUGGGUGAUGGUUUAGCAACCAUUGAUGAACAGAACCCUUUCCUCUUCUACGGAGCAAAGGUGAUUAAAGGGCAUGGUCGCAUGUUGGCAACGUCUGUGGGUAUGAACACAACAUGGGGUGAGAUGAUGAGCCAGGUUACUAAUGCUCCCAGCCAGACCCCAUUACCAGCUCAACUUGACAAGGUGAGCAUUGGCACACAAAUUAUUGGGCUUUCAAUCUCAGUUUUUAUUCCAGCAGUGGUUUUCCUACAUUUUGAGCUCAGUAAGGAAAAGCAUCAUCCUGGGAUGCCAGACAUCAAAGGCAAACCAACUUCAAGCAAUGAGUUAAUGGAGGCUAUCAAGAGGAUUAUCAGCAGACCAAGUGGGAAGGUCAGUAUUUUGACAACUUUACUAACACUGGUGGUAGGCAUAGUGGAAGGAGUACCUUUUGUCAUUACCCUUGCCAUCUUUUAUUGGAAUAAGAAGGCUCUAUCCUACAAGGCCUUUGCUCAAAAGUUAUUGGCUUGUGUCAGUAUGGGCUCAGUCACAACCAUCUGCACUGACAAAACUGGUGUCCUGACAUGGAAUCCACAGGAAGUUUGGAUUGGUGAAGAACUCAUCAAUGAAGAUUCGAUAGUAGAUGAACAUGUUCUUGAUGCUCUGUGCAAUGGAAUCUGCACGCCUUUUCUAAUGCCACAGGGUCCUAGUAGCUCAACUGAGGACUGUCUCCUUUCCUGGGCUACGUUGAAGUUGGGAGCAGAAAAAGAGAUUUUUAAGCAAAGCUGCACCCUUGUUGAUGCCAGAAACCUUAGCUCCACGGAAGAGGGAAGCAGAGUAUUGAUGAGGAAGAAUGGAGAUAAGGAAAACCAUAUGUGGUUGCAUUGGAGAGGACCUGCAAAAAUGAUAUUACCCAUGUGUUCUUGCUACUUUGAUUGUAAAGGGACAAUGAAUUACAUGGAUGAACAAAAGAGGUCAGAUUUUGAGCAAAUUGUUGAGCGUAUGCAGUCUAAACAACUCAAACCCAUGGCAUUUGCUUAUAAGCAAGUUGAUGCUUCAACAUUUGAAGAUAACAGCUUAACACUGAUCGGGGUGCUUGGUCUGAAGCAUAAAUGUUGGACAGAGAUAAGAAAAGCAAUAGAGGCUUUCAGAACGGCAGGUAUUGAUGUCAAACUAAUUUCAGAAGGUAAUGUGGCGGAUCUGGAAGGCAUAAGUCUUGAAUUUGGAUUGCUUCCCAACUCAGAUAAAUUGGUGCUUGAAGCUGAAGACUUUCGAAACUUCACUGACAAAAAGAGGCUGGAAAUCGUAGAUAAAAUUUCUGUGAUUGGAAACUCCCUCCCUUCUGACAAGCUCCUUCUCAUUAAGUGUUUGAAGCAAAAAGGCCACAUGGUAGCAAUGGUUGGAGUCAAAACAAAUGAGACUCCAGCACUAAAAGAAGCUGAUGUGGGGAUUGCCAUGGGCACUUGGAAUAGUGAAUUGGCCAAAGAGAGUUCGGAAAUUAUCAUUUGGGAGAGCAAUUUCUGUUCCUUGGUUACCAUUUUUAGCUGUGGGAGAUGUGCUUACGACAAUAUCCAAAAGUAUAUCCAACUUGAGGUCACUAUGGUUAUUGCAGGGUUAUUGAUAACCACUAUCACAAUAGUUGCCGUUGGGGAUACCUCAAUUACAGCGAUUCAAUGGUUCUGGGCAAACCUUAUAGUUUCUGUUCUAGGAGGCCUUGCUUUAUUGACAGAGCCACCAAGUGAGGAACUGAUGAACAGGCAGCCAAUGAGAAAAACAGAUCCAUUCAUAACCAAGACCAUGUGGAGAAACAUAAUCACUCAGGUCUUAUUUCAAGCUGCCAUUUUGGUAACCUUUCAAUUCAAAAGCAAAUCUAUCCCAGGAAUCAACAAGAAGGUUAGUGAAACCAUGAUUUUCAAUAGUUUUGUGCUGUGCCAGGUCUUCAACAUUUUCAAUGCAAGACAGCCAAAGAUGAAAAACAUCUUCAAGGGGAUCAUGCAGAACCCAUGGUUUUGGGUGGCUGUGUGUGCUACCGUGAUGCUACAAGUGGCAUUCAUAGAAAUUGCACACGUUAUUGUCGGUAAUGCAAAGCUGAAUGGAGAACAAUGGGGCAUAUCUUUCCUAAUCGGGUUGCUCUCAUUGCCAAUUGAUUUCGCAGCAAAGAGCAUAUUAACUUUCAUCAUGUAUUGGCAUACUAAAUUACACAGUUCACACAUAGGAUCCCUGGGGAUGACACACUCAGAAUCGGCUUCUAAUCUUGAGCUCCCAUUCAUCAAGUUAGAUUCCACAACAAACCCAUGA